AUGUCCUCCGAGCCAAAGAUCUCAUGCAGCCAUUGUGGUGGCCUUUUUUCUCGCCGUGGUAUCAAAAGACAUGAGGUUUCCUGUCAGCGAGACUUGCACCAGCAUGUCGCCGAUACACGUUUCGAGAAAGCAGUUUUACAACCGACCUAUGUUACGUCAAGUGUUUCUCCAUCAGUAACACUAGGAGAUACGCAUGAAUCUUUAUACAUAUCUGAUAGUCAGGUCUCUGACAGCUUGAAUCAUGAUUGGGCACAUGCUUAUUCUCAUGUUGAUGAAGCCAAUAGUUUUGUGGACAUACCUGAUAGUCCUGUGACAUCAGAAGCCGAGAACGGAGACCCAGAGCUUCAAGUUGAUGACAUCCGAAUGAUAUUCCACCCAUCCAGUGGUAAAGCGACCAUAAUUGACCAUUUUGAUCAGUACUGGUCCCAAGCAGCAGAUCAACAUAUUGAUCCUCUGAUCGAUCAAUGUCCCUGGCGUCCCUUCUCAUCCUGUCGGGAUUUUAACAUCGCAGAAUUUGUCCUAGAUGCUGCACUUAGUGAAAGGCAAAUGGACAAGUUUUUCAAGCUGUUGAAAUCCUCAGCACUAGAUGAGGCACACCUUACUCCUUCAGAUAUCAAAACUAGAAAGGAUGUGAAAACUAGCUGGGACCGUGCAGCAAACUUGGUUACUCCUUUUGAAAAGCAUACCUGUUCUAUCAAGCUUCUCGACAAGGAAGUUUGCUUUGACGUUUAUCGCUUGAAUCUAUGGAACUGGAUACUAGAACUUGUCAAGGACUCUACACUGGAGCCGCAUUUUGUUUGGGAUGCUACCCACUUAUCAAAGUGGAAUGGGUCCACGUUUGAAAGGUUUGUCAAUGAACCUUGGACCGCCCAAGCAUUUUGGGAUCUCCAAAUGGCCCUGCCAGAGGGUGGAAAGCCAUUGUACAUUAUCCUGUAUGCAGACAAAACCCGUCUAUCAUCAUUUGGGACUGCACAAGGUUAUCCAGUAGUGGCGCGUUGUGGAAAUCUGCCCGUUCACAUUCGGAAUGGAAAAGGAGUUGGCGGUGGAUGUGUUGUUGGUUGGUUGCCAGUGAUAAAGGAGGAUCCAAAACAUACCGGAAAGAAAUAUUAUGUUGAUUUCAAGCGUCGUGUAUGGCAUACGGUGAUGAAGUAUGUUCUAGAAACAAUGGUUGAUCCCAGUAGGUUUGGGGCUUGGAUUCACCUUUCCCUUGCAAAACGAGAUCUCCAACUCUUUCCACAAUUUCCUAUUUUAUCAUGUGACUAUGAGGAAGCGGCAAUGAUGGUUCUGAUACGAGGCAACAAUAUAAUCUGGAGAUGGAAUAUGAACUCCGAACUUCUGAACGUACCAGAGAAAUUCUUCAAAGGGCCAGAGGACUUAGGACCCAGGAAUUGUGGGAUGAUUAUCUUGAACGUCUUUUGGACUAUUGAGGCAUGUGAUCCAUUCCGGUCCCUUUCUUGGGAUAGGCUACACGCCUUUCAGGAUGGUCUCUUUGGGCAUCAUCUUCGAGGAGAACUUGUCCGUCGUAUCAAAGCUCUUGGACAUGCUUAUGCUAGUCAAGCUGAUAAUCAAGUUCAAAAGUUUCCUCGUUGGAGGGAUUUGAAUCAUUUUGAAAGUGGCUUCAUGGCAGUUACCUUUACCGAUGGCACUAAGUAUGAGGAUCUAUCAAAGCAAAUUAUAUUUGUCACACACAACAUACUCAGCGAGACACAGGACAGCCAUGGAUAUCAUUUAUUGAAGUGCAUCCGUAGCUACCUUGUUCUCAAUGUGUAUGCAGAGUUUACUCUUCAUACUGAAAGUUCUAUAAAGGCUCUCCGAGAGGAAAGCACCAAAUUUGGAAAGCUGAUCAAGCGAGAAACCAAAGUCUUGGAACUUUCCGAAGGAGUAUCCUGGAAUUAUGACACCAAGCCCAAUGAAAAUAUGCAUGGUCCACUCAAGGAUGCAUAUCAGCUAAGGAUGAACUUCAAAGAGGUCGCUGAGCAGAUCCUCCAAAUAGAUUCAUGGUGCAAUGCCGCAGGCUUUAUACAGCAGCAAAUCGACGUUCAGGAUGAGUUGCUAAAGGCGUGGCAGGAUUCCCAGCAGGCAGAUGAAGAAAUAGAGGACGAGAUGGAAGAACAGCUGCAUGAUUACUCUGGAAAAGCCACAUUGCAUGGAAAUCGUGGUAAAGGGGGCGGAAUGAUGUUGAUAAAGGAGUUGAUGGAUUCAAAGCGGGAGGAUAUAGCCUUCAAAAAGUUUUCGGAAAAGCUAUCAAAGUAUGUGAAGGAUUUGUUUAAAGACCUACCCCAUGUUGUUCCUGUUGUCAAUGGCAACAAGUUCCAGUUCGAGCAGUUUAUUGGGGACGAAAAGAUCUGGCUCUACGGAACAAUCAAAGUCAACUAUGAUGUUAGCCACUAA